AUUGGGUACCGACAAUUCUGCACAUCACUAAUCUAGGUCGAUAUUGCGGUCGGGUUUUACGUUGUUUUUCUGAUAAAUCGUCCAGAACUGUAUUAAUUCUUGCUCCACCAGUGAUAAAAGCUUCCUGAGUUCCUACCAAAAGUGUGUGCAUUUAAUGGCAAUUGAAAUUGAAAAGAUUUGUCGUACUUGCCUGGGCCUCAGUGGCCCCUUGCUUGGUAUUUAUGAUGGAAAUGACAAUGGAAAAUGCAUUGGCGACAUGUUGCAUGAUUUUACAAAAAGCAAGCCAAGACGUGAAGACAAACUGCCGGAAAAGGUUUGCUUAUCAUGCAUCAGCGAGAUUAAUCGUUGCUAUUCCUUCAAGUUGAAAUGUGAGAAUUCCUUUAAAACACUACGUCAGCUAGUACCUGAUUCACUUCUUGACGAAGCCAACGUUAUAGUAUCAAAAGCCGAAGUAGAACAGGCUCACAAAGGUGUACAAACCAUACCGGAAGACAAAAUGUGUUUAGCUACAACAUGCAACCAAACAAAACUCGAUGUGGAAAAAACUAACCGCUAUGUGCAGACGACACCAAUGUGCAACGUUACGUGUGAUAGGUCAACAUCGCCAUUAAUAAUGGAACAUUGUGACACAAGCAGAUUUAAUAGAGUUAAGUCAGAAAAUGCUUUGGAAAUUGAAGUUGAAGAAAGAGGUAGCAUUCAGUUUAUAAAGGAUCUCCGGCAUGCGCGAUCGGUUAAACGAACACGAUUCGAGGAGGAAACGGAAUUAAAAGUUACAGAUGUAAUUAUGGACAUCUAUAAAGAUGCGGCCGAGAUAGGUGAACAUUCUGAUGCAAUUAUCUUGUAUUCAACAAUGCCUGAAGACUCGAACGGAACAAAGGAAAACGAGGCAAUCUACAAUCAGUUUUCCAAUUUUAAAUCAGGAAAUGAAAGCGAGGAAAAACUCACAAAAUGUAUUAAUAGCGCGGGGGAACCAAAGCAAAUGAAACCAGAAACUGAUGAAUAUGGGGAAGAGCAAGUUUACGCACCGCAUGUGUCUUCCGUUGAAGAUGUGGUGUACAAUGCAGCAGAUGGAGAGGAACUAGGAGGCAAUAAUGGCUUCAUGGUUUGUGAAAAUGAUAGUGGUAAAUCUGAAAUCGUAACAAAGCGGACUGCGGUGACAACACGCUCAGGAUCAACAGCGGAAGUAUAUAAAAAACCAAUAAUUAAAAAAGAGUUGAAAUGUAGUCAUUGCUCGAUGACUUUUGUAAGAGCGAAAUGGUUAGCACAACAUAAAUUAAAUCGGCAUGGCAUUAUUCGAGAAGACAGAAGUGCAGUCAGAAAAGAAAAACAGUCCUCUACAACCACUACAACAACAAAGAGCAAUGGUUUAAGUGGGGAUUCAGAAAAUAGCGACGACAGUGAUAACGCAUCUUUAAACACAACCAAAACAAACCCUGCUCCAUACAAUAAAACUUCCCCCACCAUUCCGCUACCGAUUGAUAACGAAACAAAACCAGCCAAAUUAGUACCCUUCUGUUACACAUGUGGCGCAAGAUUUGCAUUACAAAGAUCACUUACCUAUCAUAGGAAACAAAAUCUUUGCAAUAAAGCAAAGGCCAAGAUAUUUGAAAAUUCUGAAGCAAUUGUAUUGUAUUCAACAAUGCACGAAGACUCGAACGGAACAAACGAAAACAAGGCAACCUACUAUCAGUUUUCCAACUUUCAAUCAGGAAAUGAAAGCGAAGAAAAACUCACCAAAUUUAUUAAUAGCGCGGGGGAACCAAAGCAACUGAAACAGGAAACUGAUGAAUAUGGGGAAGAGGAAGUUUACGCACCGCAUGUGUCUUCCGUUGAAGAUGUGGUUUACAAUGCAGCAGAUGGAGAGGAACCAGAAGGCAAUAAUGGCUUCAUGGUUUCUGAAAAUGAUAGUGGUAAAUCUGAAAUCGUAACAAAGUGGACUGCGGUGACAACACGCUCACGAUCAACGGUGAAAGUAUAUAAAAAACCAAUAAUUAAAGAAGAGUCGAAAUGUAGUCAUUGUUCGAUGACUUUUGUGAGUGUUAAAUGUUUAGCACGACAUAAAUUAAAGCGGCAUGGCAUUACUCGAAAAGACAGAACUGCAGUUAGCAAAGAAAAAGAGUCCACUACAACAAAUACAACAACGAAGAGCGAAGGUUUGAGUGGGCAUUCGGAAAAUAGCGACGACAGUGAUAACGCAUCUUUAAACACAACCACUGCUAAGUGUACUCCAUACAAUAAAAUUUCGCCCACUAUUGUGCUACCGGUUGUUAACGAAACAAAACGAGCUAAAUUAUUACACUCCUGUGACACAUGUGGCGCAGGAUUUGCAUUACAAAGAUCACUUAACUAUCAUUUGAAUCAAGAUCUAUGUAAUAAAGUUACGCACAGCUGUAACAUAUGCGAACGUGUUUUCAUAUCUAAAGAAACAUUAAAAGAACACAAGUCAAUACAUUUGAAAGAAACUAAAUGCACCAAAUGUGACAUGAUUUUUGGCUCGAAUGGCGAACUCAGUAAGCAUAUGGUAGCUAUGCAUAUGCGUAAUUUACGUAAUCAGUGUCCUCAUUGCAACAAAGUUUUCACCACAAUAUCUGCAUUCAAGGAUCACUUGCGUGUCCACAGCGGCCAAAAGCCUUUCGUAUGUGAUAUAUGCAGCAAAGGUUUCAGUCAAAAAACAUAUUUAAAGCAGCAUAUAAUGCGUCAUUCAAAAGAGAGGAAUUUCAAAUGUAACGAAUGUUCAAUGAGUUUCGUCACCAAAGCCGAAUUACGCCGCCAUAAGCGUAUACACACCGGCGAACAUCCUUACCGUUGUGAUGAAUGUUACGCAACAUUUACCAAAUCCAGUUCAUUGGUAAAACACCACAAGCGCAUGCACACUGGCGAACUGCCGUUUGCGUGCGAUUUUUGCUCGAAGCGUUUUGCAUGCAGUACUACGUUGGAAAUUCAUCAACACACGCAUACUGCCGAAAAACCGUACAAAUGUUGCUUCUGUAAGAAAGGAUUUGCCCAGAAGCGGGAAUGCAUCAUACAUCAACUGAAGGAAAAGAUUUUGCUAAGGAAUCGCACCAAGGCACAAAUGAACCGUUGCCGCAUAAAACCCAUGAUACGACUUCUAAAAAAUUGGAUCAAUCCUUGCUCCACCAGUUGUAAAAACUUCAUAAGUGUCGUCCAAAACUUAAUGGCAGUGGAUAUUGAAAAGAUUUGCCGUACUUGCCUUGGUCUCAAUGGCCCAUUGCUUUCUAUUUAUGAUGGGGGCGGUGAGGGAGGAUGCAUUGCCGUCAUGUUGCGAGAUUUUACAAAGAGCAAGCCAAGGCGUGAAGAUAAGCUUCCGGAAAGGGUUUGCUUAUCAUGCAUUAGCGAGAUUAAUCGGUGCUACUCAUUCAAGUUAAAAUGUGAGAAUUCGUGCAGAACACUACGUCAGCUUGUACCUGAUGCCUAUCCUGACGAACCCAACGAGGUAGCAUCAAAAGUAGAGCAGGCUCAUAAAGGUGUACAAACAAAAUCGGAAGUUAAGAAGUGUUUAGCUACAAUAUGUACUCAAACCAAACUCGAGAUAAAACGUACUGACCGCUAUGUACAAACAGCGCCAAUGCGUAAUGUAACUUAUGACAGAUCAACAUCACCAAUAUUAAUAGAGCAAUGUGAAACAAGCAGUCUCAAUAGGUUUAAUUCAGAAAAGGCUUCGGGCGUAGAAAUUGGCCAAGAAAUAGAAGUUGUACAAAGUUGUAGAAUUCAGCGUAUAAAUAAUCUUCGGCAAGCGCUAUCGCUUAAACGGAGACGAGUAGAUCAGGAAACAGAUUUAGAAGGUACAGAAAUCAUUAUGGAAUUACUUACAGAAGACCCCGAAAUAGAUGAAGACACUGAGGCGAUUGCAUUGUAUUCCACAAUACAUGAAGACGUAAAUGAAAGAAACGAAAACACAACCACAUAUUAUCAGUUUUCCAAUUCUCAAUCAGGAAAUGAAAGCGAAAAAGCUGUCGUGAAUAGCGUUAGCAACACGAGCGUAGCAAAUCCUGGGAAACAGGACAAUGAUGAUCAUGAGGAAGAGGAAGUUUAUGGACAGUUUGUGUAUACAGAUGAAGAUGUGUACAAUGCAGCAGAUGGUGAAAAACCAGAAGGGAAUUAUAGUUUCAUGGUUUUUAAAAAUGAGAGUGGUGAAGAAGAUAUUUUAACAAAGCGCUCAGGAUCAACGACGGAAGUAAAUAAAAAACAAAUUAAAGAAGAGCUGUCAUGUAAUCAUUGUUCGAUGACUUUUGUGAGUGCGAAACGUUUAGUACGGCAUAAAUUAAAGCGACACGGCAACGAAGAUACACCAAAAGACGGGAGUGAAGUUAGCAAAAAUAAGGAAUCGGGUACAACAAAAACAACAGCAAAGAGUGCAGCUUUAAGUAAGAAUUUAGAAAAUGGCGACGAUAAUGAAGGUACAAGCUCAACAAAGCCUGCUUCAGCCAAUGUGACUUCCUCUAUUACACCGCAACCGAUUAUUCAAGAAACAAAACCCGCAAAAUUAGUACACUUCUGUGAAACUUGUCAUGCAGGAUUUGCGUUGCGAAGAUCGCUUAUCUAUCAUAGGAAACAAGAUCUUUGCAAUAAAGUUACGCACAACUGUAAUAUAUGCGAACGUGUUUUCAUAUCAGAAGAAACCUUAAAAGAACACAAAUCCACACAUUGGCAAGAACAGGAAUGCACUGAAUGUGACAAGUCUUUUAGCACAAAUGACGAACUCAGUAAGCAUAUGGUAGCUGUGCAUAAGCGUAGUUUACGCAAUCAGUGUCCUCAUUGCAAGAAAGUUUUCACCAUACUAUCUGCACUCAAGGAUCACUUACGUGUCCACAGCGGCGAAAAGCCGUUUGUAUGUGAAAUAUGCAGCAAAGGUUUCAGUCAAAAAACAAAUUUAAGGCAGCAUAUAAUGCGUCAUUCAAAAGAGAAGAAUUUCAAAUGUAACGAAUGUUCAAUGAGUUUCGUCACCAAAGCCGAAUUAUGCUCCCAUAAGCGUACGCACACCGGCGAACAUCCAUUCCGUUGCGAUGAAUGUCAAGCAACAUUUACCAUAUCCAGUUCAUUGGUGAAACACAAGCGCAUACAUACUGGCGAACGACCGUAUGCGUGUGAUCUUUGCCCAAAGCGUUUUACAACCUCAUUUACACUGAAAAAUCAUCGACGCAUACAUACAGGCGAAAAACCGUACAAAUGCCGCUUCUGUAAUAAAACAUUUACCCAGAAGCAAGACUGCAUCAUACAUCAUCGUACUCAUACAGGUGAACGAAAUCAUGUCUGCUUUUGUGGCGAUAAAUUUACCCAUCUGGGUACAUUGCGUACACAUAUGAAAACACACGUUGGGGAUGAUGCUGAUGGCACUACAAAGGCUGUGAGUAGAGGUAAGCGCCAAUCUACUCAAGCGAAAAGCGGUGCUAUUAAACGUAAUCGGGGAAGUGCGGACAUAGCCGAUUUUAGUAUUACUAUUUUGGAUGUGGACGAAGAUGAGGAGGCAGAUGAUGAUGAAACGACCACAGUACUAACGGUGGCACGUGAAGAUAUGGAACGUCUUGUAGCUAGCGAUGCGUUACGAAGCAAUGAAGAAGCUGACUUAGAAAGUGUUGGCGAGGAAAAACUAAUGCAGUUAGCGAUUGAGAAACCAUAGCAAUCAAUGCGCGAAUCAAGGGUAAACAGCGCAGAAAAUUAAAACUAAACAUAAUAGAACAGGCUGCUAUGUCUGGACUUAAAAUUUAAUACAACUAGUUUACGUUAAUAAAAAUAUGUAUGUAAUUAAG